AUGGACAAAGAGAAAAACAUGGCAAGACGUGAUUUUCAAAUGAGUUCUCUUAUUUUAGAUUCUUACGAAAACAAAACAAGAGCAUCCCAUUCUCCUCCUUUAGUUAUUGUACAUACAGAAGAAGCUUUAAUAGUUAUUUUAGUACUCGCUUUAUGGAUUGCUGCCAUUGCUCUUUUUUUUAAUCGAUGGGGAAAAAUAAGAAUGCUCGAACCGUAUCAACCAAAAUUCAUACAACAACAUAAUACUAAUUGUCCAUUAAUCGAUCAAACACCUAAACAGAAUCGUUCAUUUUCAAAGUUUAAUUUAAACAAGGAAACUUGUUUUAGCCAACAAAAAAAUUGUUUAUCUUCCCGUCGAAAUUCAGUUUUCAUCAAUUCAUCAAUAGUAGCAAUGAAUUUAAACGUACCAAGAAAAGUUCAAUCUGCUUUUGAUCUUCAAACAUUGGUCCUCUCAGAGCCUGGACUCAACAAACAUCAUCCGUUAAACGUUAAAUUAAAUGAUGAUUUUUCUAGGAGACAAAGUUGUUGGCUUUCGAAUAAUUCUAAAAAACCAGGACUCGAUCAUUUGGAAAAUAAAGUUCAACAAUUAGUCGAUCGUCAAUCUAGCGUUAAAGACUCCACUUCUUUCGACAGGGGAGAAAAUAAUAAACGGGAAUGGGUUUUUAAUGAAUUCGGGGAAGACUUUUCAGAAUGUGAAACGACGGUUAAAAAAACAAGGAAAAAUUGGGAUGCGUGUCAUCAUUUUCAAAAUUUAUUUAUUGGCGAAAGCAUGAGCGAUAGCAAACGUGAUUUAUUAUCGGGACAAGAAUCCAAACACGUGACGGACACAAAUAGGAAAUCUUUGUGUUUGGAAAAAAAAUCACCUUUUCCGAAAGAUUAUUUUUGUAAUUUUGAAGAGAGAGGAAAAUUUGAAAAAAUUCGUAAGAAUUCAAUGUAUCAAUUAGGGUUCCACGAAAGCGAUCGAUGCGCUCCCCCGACACCUUAUCGCGAUCAUUCAAAAUCGGGAGUUGAAGAUUUUCGAAGAAAUUCAAUGUUAAUUAUCAAUACAUUAACCGAUGAUUUAGGAUAUCAACCGUGCAAAAAAGAAUUUCGCUUGGGAGGCUCAAGUUUAGCUUUGAAUUCGCAUUUGCAAGUUUCAAACAGAAGGAAUUCCGGGAUACCGAGCAGCGAAGAAUGCAAACAAAAAAUUAAUUUCUGUUUCCGGAACGGUCAUCAGCAACAUAUUUGCCGUCAAUUUCCAUCGAAUCCUCCGUUUUCUCGGAAUAAUUACUAA